AUGCCACGUCAUCCCGAGGUGUACGAACCGUGCGACGACUCCUUCGCCCUCGCCGAUGCCAUCGCCACGGAUAUCGCCCGGUUCUACCCGUCGCUCGCAACCUGCGCCAGCGACAACAGUCCGUCAUCCGAUCAAGCCCUUCCACCAUCGUUGAUCUCUCACAAAUCCCCCGCGUCCCCUUCUUCAAAUUUCUCUACAUCCCCUCACCCUUCACAUUCCCCCACCAUAUCCCCUGGCGUUCCGUCGUUCCCUGCUCUGGUUGUCGAGCUCGGGUCCGGAAGUGGCUUCGUGCUUACAUCAGUAGCCCUCGCCCUCCGCGCCCUCUCUGCCCCUUCCGCCCCCCCUGUCAUCGCGGGCAGCAACAGUGCGGCUACUGGUGCUGGCGGUGUUGAUGUUGCUGGUGCUGCCGGUAGGGAUGCUGGCAGUGGUGCUGCUGCUCCCAGUGCUGCCGUCUCCCUUGCCUCUCAGGCCGCAUUUCUCGCGGUGGACAUAAACCCCCAUGCCGCUGACAUCACUCGACAAACCCUAGCAGCCCACAGCAUUCCAGCGGAUGUUGUUUUAUCGGAUCUCGGAACGGCCCUUAUACCGAGGAUGGCAGGCCAAGUGAACAUUCUCAUUUUCAACCCACCAUACGUCCCCACUUCGCCUCAAGAAGUGCACCGGCCGGGAAUCACGCAAGCCUGGGCGGGAGGGGAUCGUGGGAGGGAGGUAAUUGAUCGAGCUAUGGAGGUUUCAGCGGAGCUAUUGUCUCCCACAGGGGUGUUUUACCUGCUUGUUGUGGCGGAGAAUGACCCUGAAGAGGUGGGGGAGAGGACGAGAGGGUUGGGGUUUGAAGGAGAGGAGCUGCUGAGGAGAGGGACGGAAGAGGAGGUUAUUGUGCCGGAGGACCAUGUCACGCUCCUUAAUGUCCGACCAACCCGCGCCACGAUUCUUCCCACGCGCACAGACCUGUCAGCAUCGUCAGGAGGGCAGGGCGACGACGACGAUGGGUACAUGCUGGCCAUGGAGCAGAUUCUCAAUGACGUCAUUCACAAGGCGCAUGAACGCUUCCCUGGCCUCAAGGUGGACAAGGCCAUCAAAUCGGGCGACCCCAAGAACCUCAUUCUGGACGAGGUGGUCAUCAGGGACGCGGCAGCGCUGGUCAUGAGCUCAAGGGGGCUCAGUCCGGUGCAGAGGACCUUCCUUGGCUCAGUUAGCGACUACUGCUCUCGCAAUGCAGAGUGUCCGGUGAUUGUUGUGAGAGGCAAAUCAGCCCACUGA